CGUGCAAAGUAUUGCUGCUGCUGCUACCAUCAAGGUGACCUUCCUGGACAUUUUUUUCCCGUUGCGAUCAAAAUUCACUUUCCGAACCCAGUUGUUUUUCUGACACGCCGGCAACACGACCACGACAAAGUGUGUACAGCGAGUUGUAGUCCGUAACUUGCAGCGAUACAGUUCAGAGACCUUCGUAACGAUUCUUCGGAAAGAGCCCCCCCGCCACUGGAGAGCUCUGGAGCGCCCCAAUCGAUAGUGCUGACUCUCCGUCGUUAACCGUGAAGUGUCAUUUGUCACACACGUUAGUUCCAGCAUCGAGUUGAUACCUACUACAACAGUGCAAAAAGGUUGAACCUGUGCCGCGCGAGCAAUCAAAAUACAAAUAUUUUCUUUGUCCAAGCAAAUUGCUGCUGCUAUACCUCCAAGUCGCGGGUAUAGAGAACGGAGGAGCGUUUAGUAGUAGGGAAGUUGUAGCGUACACAUUAGUACACACAUAGAUUAAGGUGCAGAGGAAGAACCAGUCGUCCCCUCUGAGGUUUAUCAAUCGCGCGCGACCUGGCCAGACCGAUCGUGAGCCGUGUGAGUAGGAGAAGUGUUCAAUAUAGCGCUGAAUAAGCAAGAAAACGGUCUCAGAGAAUCGACGACCGCGACUUAGACGACGACGACGAAGUCGACGACGUGUAGCAACAACAACAACAGCAACAGCAAAAAAAAGUAUAACAUUAUAUCAGGAAAUCGCAUUUCGCACCAAGAAGCAGGGUUUAGUGCUGAGCCAAACCUUGCCGUCGAAGCAGCUCGUGAGCGACGUCGACUAGUGCUAGGCUAUAGAGAGAGAGUUUAGUUCCGCUGAAACCGCGAGUUGAACGUCGCAGAAGAAAUCUUGACACCCCCGGGACACAGCACCAAACACUUCGGACGAGAUGGAUUUGGUCAAGCCGUUCAUGGAUCUGCACGUGGAUCGAGUGAGCAAGGAAAUCCGUGAACAAUGCCAGGAGCUGAUUCUGACAGACAAACAGAUGGAGGAGAUCAUGCGGCGGGUGCUGAAGGAGAUCAACAACGGUCUCCACAAAGAGACACAGCCGACGGCGGACGUCAAGUGUUUCAUCACCUACGUGCAGGACCUGCCGAACGGCAAAGAAAAGGGCAAAUUCCUCGCGCUCGAUCUGGGCGGUACCAACUUCCGAGUACUGCUGAUCCACCUCAAGGACGAGAACGACUUCGAGAUGCUGUCGAAAAUCUACGCCAUUCCACAGAGUAUUAUGCUUGGCAGUGGGACGCAACUGUUUGACCACAUUGCGGAGUGUUUAGCCAACUUUAUGAAGGAACAUGCAGUGUACGAUGAAAAACUACCUCUAGGCUUCACAUUCUCAUUCCCGCUGACGCAGCUCGGUCUGACCAAGGGCAUGCUGGCCCGGUGGACCAAGGGUUUCAACUGCUCCGGUGUCGUCGGCGAAGACGUCGUCCAGCUGCUGAAGGAUGCCAUUGCCAGGCGAGGGCCCCCACUAGAUGUUCAAAUCGAAAUCUGUGCCAUUCUCAACGAUACCACGGGUACGCUGAUGUCCUGUGCGUGGAAGAACCACAACUGUAGAAUCGGACUGAUCGUCGGCACCGGCAGCAACGCGUGCUACGUCGAGAAGGUCGAGAACUGCGAAAUGUUCGACGGCUACAAGGACCCGAACAAACAGCACGUCCUGAUCAACACCGAGUGGGGCGCGUUCGGCGAUAACGGCGCGCUCGACUUUGUCCGGACAGAGUACGACCGGGAGAUCGAUCACUUCAGUAUAAACAAGGGCAGACAGAUACAAGAGAAGAUGAUCUCCGGAAUGUACAUGGGCGAGCUGGCUCGCCUGGCCAUCGUCAAGUUCACCAAGGCCGGCCUGCUGUUCGGUGGCGUCGGUUCCGACAUCCUGUUCAAGCGGGGCCAGUUCUUCACCAAGUACGUGUCAGAAAUCGAGUCCGACAAGCCCGGAACGUACAGCUACUGCCGCGACGUGCUCGACGAGUUGGGCCUGGAGCACGCCACCGACGAGGACUGCGCGAACGUGCGCUACAUCUGCGAGUGCGUGUCGAGCCGGGCCGCCCACCUCGUGUCCGCCGGUAUCGCCGCCCUCAUCAACAAGAUGGACGAGAAGAGUGUGACGGUCGGCGUUGACGGUUCGGUGUAUCGUUUCCACCCGAAAUUCCACGAUCUGAUGGUGCAAAAGAUCAGACAGUUUGUGAAGCCCGACAUCAGCUUCGACCUGAUGCUGUCCGAGGACGGUUCCGGGCGCGGAGCAGCACUCGUGGCCGCGGUGGCGUGUAGAGAAGCCCACUAGGAAGGACCUUCCCUCACCGCCUCACCUAACCUCAGCUCAGCAGCAGCUACUCUUAAAAAAAAACAAACACAACCAACAAAACAAAGAAAAGCCCCUCAUCAACCAGAUACACAACUACUAUACUAGUGAUUUAGCGGAUAAUUAUAAAACAAGUUAAAGAGAGAAACAAAAAAAACAAAACCCACAGCAGGAAAAAAAACAGACCGCAAGAGGAUUGCUACUAUAAAGUAAUUAACCGUAAUAGGAAAUGUUUUAAAUGUAAGUCGAAACAGCAGAGAAUAACAAAAUGCAUGAACGAUUAGCAGAGAUCAAAUUUAUUUUCAAAGCAGCAAAGCAAAAUCUUACAAUGAAAUUGAACCCCCAAAAACAAAAAAAAAACUCCGAAUACCAUUGUGAAUGCAAAGCAAUCCCGGCGCGAAGGUUCAGUUAAGUGUACAUUAAUUAGUUGUAAAACAAGAAAUUUAAAAAUACCCACCCUCCAUUUUUCAUCCCCCAACCCACGAUUUCGACUGCGCGAAAUCCGCCGCCGGUCCACAGGUUCAAGUUUUCUUUUUGUUUUUUUUUAUAGUUUAAGUAGCGAAACGCAGAACCCAGUCGCCCAAUCUGGCAUCUGGAAGGGAAAAAAACAUGUUGUGAAUCCUAUUGUAAAUACAGACUUUUUUCGACGUGCGCGUUAGAAAGGCUACAAGUUAAACUAAAACAACAACUCCUCAAAAGAAGACGAAAACGGGACAAACCUCAGCAGAGCGGGGCGAGUUUCGCAGUUUGCGCGACAUUGAUUUCGGCUUUUUAACGGUUAUUUUUGUGUUCUAGGAACAGUUUUAAUUAGAGAAGAAAAAAGUGAAUGAAAAUAAAGCGAAUGUUUUUAUAAGAACGAAUUGAAAAAAAAAGAUGCUGUUUUUAGUGAUAUAAAUUCAAAUAUUACCCACUGCACUGAAAUAGACAAUGACAACGUCCGGUUUUUUUUUUCUUUAGUUUUCUUCCCCCGCCCAUCGAAAUGAAACUGUUAUGAUGAUGUUAGUUUUUCUAGAUUGUAAUGUUUUAGUUAUUAUAUUUAUAAAACAAAAAGAGAAGCAAACAAACACACCCACUAUCAUUUCCUAGGACAGCAUACAAGUAAGAAAAAAACAAAGUCAAAAUACAUGGACGAAAAUGGAGAAAAAUAAGAAGAGCUUGAGUUUGGCUUAAAUGUGGGAAAUUGAUAACAAACAAAACAAGUAAUAAUUUAAAUUAUGUAUAUCAAUACAAUUAAUAACGAAACAAUAGCAAAGUGUACAUUAUUAAAAUUAAACAGAGAGAAUUACAAAAAAUGCUAACUGUAAUUUAAAAAUAAAGAAAUAAUUUAAAGAAAAUUAUUAUAAUACUGUUGACAGUGAAAGAUGAAAAUAAAGAAAAACAUUAUUGAUCUAGUAGAUUAAACA